AUGAUUAUCCCUGUGCGCUGCUUCUCCUGCGGAAAAGUCAUUGGAAACAAAUGGGACCAUUAUCUCUCACUCCUGCAGGCAGACUUUAGCGAAGGUGAUGCUCUUGACUCACUCGGAUUGAAGAGAUACUGCUGCCGUCGCAUGGUCCUUACACAUGUCGACUUGAUUGAGAAGCUGUUGCAUUAUAAUCAAAAAGCGCGGUAA